GUUGGUAACACAUUUUAUUGCAUAUAUAUGCUCUAUUCAUUGUACAUGAUGGUUACCAUAAAUUACCAUUGGUAAUUUGUUAUUAGCACGUUAUCGGCGAAGAAAACUCAGAUAAUCGAAACGUUCUGAACUCGUACAAAUCCUACGCUCGGUUCACCGCUAUUUAUGAAAAAUUGAUUUUGAACAAUUAUUUUGUUUUGGUGUUAUGGAUAAGAAUUAGUGUGUGGUUGCUGUUUAUGUUGGUAAAUAUAAUACAUAUCGCUGGUUAUUUUUCGAACAUACAUAAUUAUACAAAUCUUUUUUUUUUUAAAUUUCUGGCAGUAUACACUUAUAUGCAGAGGACUUUUAGCACUUUUUUAUAUCACAAUAUUCAUUUAAUUUUGAAAAUUUGUUUUACACAAUCAAAAAAAUAGCAUAGGAAAAUAGAAUUAUUUUUCAUCCACCGAUUAGUUAAAUUUUCUAAUUUUCCCUUUAUUAAUUUCAUUUAUAGAUAGAUAGAUUGCUCACUGCACAAAAUGUGAUCGAUAUGUGACUUUACGGGUAUACCAAUGUAUUCACAUUUCAGUGUUUGGUGUGCUUUUAAAUGUUCGACUACGCCUUCUGGCUACGAUUUAUUUUAUUCUUUUAGUUAGGUAUUCAUUAUUAUUUACAAAAUGCUUAAGUUAAAUCAUCAUUAUCUUCACAAUUUAAAUUUCGAUUUGUAAUUUUAUUUUGUAUUUAUAAAUCCAUAUUUUGGGUACCUAACUUUUAGAUAUAUUUCCUCUACUCUAUAACUUAUGAUACUUAUUAGGUAGUUAUUUUUUUAAGUUAUAUUACAAAUUGUGAUUAUAUUAUUGUGUAUGUUCAUUGUUUAUUGAAUUUAGGAUGUUUUUAAAAAUUAUUAAUAAAUGCUAAAGGUGUUUACCUAUAAUAAUUAACGUUAACACAUCUAUUUAUGUUGUUUUUAUUAGGUGUAGAAUAUUAUGUUAUGGCCAUCAUACUAAAUAUUUAUCAUUUUUAUCACUAUGAAUAAUUACUUUAAAAAAUCUAUUAUGAUAUAAGUAGUAUUUAUAUUAAAUUAGAAAUAAAAUAACAUUCAAUAUUGAAAUAUUAUUAGUAGUUAGGUUAUUUAUAUUUAUCUAGAUAGAUACCUAUAUAAAAUUAUUAAACAAAUAAUUAUAUGUUUCUAGGUUGUAAUAAUUAUCACAAUUAUUAUAAGUAUAUGGAAAAUAAAUAGAUUUUUAAAUUAAAAUCAUUUUUACUAUUAAUCUUUAGUAAUUAGUAAGUUUUAAAUUUAUGACUGUUUACUUUAUAAAAUUGGUGUCAUGUCAUAUGCUCUUGAAAUUUAAGUGUAUCAUAUCCUUAUCAAUUUUAUAGUUUUUGUUAUAUAUUUCUUAUUUUUAUGGGUAUAAUAUAUUUUUUUAUUAUUAGAUAAAACAUUUAUUUGGUGCCUUAUUUCAAAUAUUAAAGGCGUAAAUAUUCAAUUAUAAUUGAUUUGAGAGUUAAAUAUAUUAUACAUAUAAUUAUCUAAGUAUUAGUGGUAGUCAAAUGUGUUAAUCAAAAUACUGGGGUCAAACCUAACAUUCUAUAAGUAAAUUUAAAUAAAAUUAAGUUAUUUAUUUGUAUUAUUUAAAUUUAAUGUAUACCAAAUUUAUUUUUUAACCUAAAUAAAGAUUACCAGUUAGUAUAAAGUUGUAGAAAACAGUUUUUUUCUGUGUCAUUAAUUUUUAUGCUUCAACUCAAAUUCAAUUAAGUUUAAUAUAAGUACUUUUAACUAUUAUUUAUUAGAAAUAUAGGUAUUAUUAAAUAUAAUAUAUUUAUUGUGUUUUGUUAAUUGUUUAGAAUAUUUUAGAUAAAAUAUUACUAGUUACAUAGUAAUAAUUAUUCACAAAAUGGAUAAUACUUCAAAAAGUAAAUUUGUUUUGUUAACGGGCGGCGCAGGAUAUAUUGGUAGCCAUACUAUUAUACCUUUAAUUGAAUCAGGAUAUGAGGUGGUGGUCAUAGACAAUUUGUUCAAUGCAUGCAAAGGUAUGUAAUAUUGCACUUUUAUAGUCUCCUCCAAACAAUUUUUUACAGCAUUUUGUAUCUUCUAUUAUAUGAUUGAUAAGUUUUGUUUAUAAUAAAAUUGAUAAAAAUUAAUUUGUUUUUUGAAACAUUGUAGUUGAUUUGGUUAUCUAAUAUUUAACACUUUAAUUUAUAUGUGAUUCUAAUAUUUUAAAAAUUUUUUUUUUACUAUUUAUAUUUUGUUAAUAAAAUUUGUUCCUCUCCCUCCAAUGGUUACCUAUAUUAAAAAUAAAUAUAUAAAGUAAUUCCAGCAAUGGUGCAUUACUAUAACGCCAUGCACAGUGUUGUCACACAAAUGAUACUUCACCACUUUCCUCUGAUCUAAACUUAAAACUGGAAUAUCAUUUCAAAGGGUUGACAGAAAUCAAAAAUGAUUUAAACUAAUACUCCAUCUAUGGAAUUUUUAAUAUAGAUGCCACUUGAAAAUCAAAGAUAGGUAGUCAUAGAUGUUCUAUAAAACAAGUUCUGUAAAAAGUUCUGUAAAUUCUAUCCAAGAUAAUGAGUGUAUUCACUUAUAUAACCCAUUGUUUAUAAGAUACUAUACCAAUAUAAGUAUUUUGUACAAUUUCUGGUUUUUACAAUUAUUUUUUGCCUUAUAAACAAAAUAGAAUACAACAGAAAGUGUAUAAAUGUAACAUUUAAAAAUUGACAAGACUUUUUCUAUGGUUUACCCCAUAAUUAAAAAUUAUUAUAAUAAAAUAUUAUAAUUAAACAGUUAAAAAAUAACCUCAUUCACCAAGCUAAACAUUCUAUUAAAAUUCAUCACAUCGAAAGUUGAUUAUAAAAGCAAAAUUUCUGUUAAAAAAGUGUUGUUCACAGCAAAGCCCUCCGCGGGUUAGGUUCAGUUUAAAAUAAUUGUAAAGGGCGCACUAAUUUUUCUUAAGAUUUAUAAUCUUAUUAUAAUCUUUUAUUUUUCUAAUUCGAGCACUAAAUUUAAAUAAAUGAAUGUUAUAUUGAUUCCUUUUGAUUUAUAAUUUUUUACAGUAUUUUUCUAUCCAAUCUUACUAUGGUUUAUUCAACAUUUUGGCUUGUUUUACUUAAAUAAGUACUCACAAAGUAAUUAGCGUCAUGAUAAUCAUUUUCUGUGGGGAUUUACGUUGCAUUUUUAUUUCAUAGAUGAAACACUGGAUGUUAAUAUUUAUUUGAAUACAUAAAUUCUUGCAUUUCUAUUAAGAUAAUAUUAUAUUUGCCUGGAUUGUCAAAUAAAUUUGUGACACUAAUGUUUGUUCAGAUAUAAAAUAACUGAAUAAAAUUAUAAAAAUAAAUUAUCUAAUCCUUUUGUAAAUAUUUUUAAAAAUGGAAUUCUUAAACAAAAAUGAUGCAGGCGAAGGAGAAAAACCAGUAUCUAUAUUACAAGUUGAAAAAUUAACUGGUAAGCAAGUGACAUUCUAUGCCAUUGAUCUCUUGGACUAUAUUUUACUCUCGGAAGUAUUUGAUAAGGUUAGUUGUAUUAUUAAUUAUAUUAGUUUAUUUAUUUCAGCUUUAUGUAUUCACAAUAUCAUUUAACUUUGAUAGGUAAUGUUGAAAAAGUAAUUAUUUAUUCAUAAUCCGAUAUUAUACUAUCUUCUAUUUAUUACUUUAGUACUUUUCUAAUUAUCUUUCAUUAUUUGUUUAUUUAUAUUUUCUGAUAAUGUAUUCUGAAAUUUAUUUUUGAAGUUUUCAACUAAACAAAUUGACAAACAUGAUAACACAGAUUUUAAAUUAUGAAUUAAACCUAACGAAACUACUAUGUUAAUGUUAUAUUUAAGUUUAUUUUUAGGUACCUAAUAUAUUUGUUUUAGUGAAAUAAUUUUAUAAAUUAUGGCUGUUGUUUAAUUGCAUAAGUAAAUUUUAUCUUGAUUAUUUACAAACUAGGCUAAUAUUUUUAAUAUUAAUAAUAAUUUUAAUUUAAUGGUAGGUAUACAUUUCAUUGUGACUUAUAAUUUAUAAAUUUGAUAAACACAACUUAUAUAUUAAAAAUAUUACUUUAUGGAUUGUCUUACAAAAUUAAUGGAAAUAUUUUAUUUUAUUUGUUAGCAUGAAUUCUGUUGUGUUAUUCAUUUUGCUGGUUUAAAAUAUUCUAAUGAAUCAUGUAAUAUUCCUUUGAAUUAUUACAAAGUAAAUGUUUGCGGAUCGAUCAAUUUAUUUCAAGUAAGUUAAUCAUAUAAGAAUGCAUUUAUAUAGUGUAUAAUUUGAUAGUUUUAGUCAUUAAAGUGAUAAAAUUCUUUUAAAAAUUAAAAUUCUUAUAUAAAAUUCUGAUAAAAUUUUUCUAGCUCCAUAUUUGCUUGAUUUUUGACAUUACAGUUUUACCUAUUUAAUAUUAAAAUAUUUUAUAAGUUACAUAUUGUCCAAUAGCAAUAUUUUGAUGUAACAUAUUUUUGUAUUUUAUUAGAAGUAAUUUAACAAUAUUAAUCUUUUUUUUCAUUAUUUUGAUACUAUAUUUUUAUUGGAUUACUUAUUUAAUAUAUUUAUUAUUAAUAUACUCAAUUGGACAGGUUAUGAUGGAACACAACGUAAAAAGACUUGUAUUUUCAUCUUCGUCAACAGUUUAUAGUGAACCUCAUUUUUUACCAAUAACUGAAUUGCAUCCAGUUGGCCAAAGUUUAGUCAAUGUUUAUGAUAAAUCAAAAUAUUAUAUUGAAGGAAUUAUUCAAGAUUUAUGCAAUUCUGAUAAAGUAUAUUAUUAAUGGUCAAUUAUUGCCUAUUGAAAAUAAUUAUUUAUUGUAAAUGCAUUUAUCAUUAGGAAUGGUUCGUGAUUAUUUUACGAUAUUUUAAUUCAGUUGGAGCGCAUUCUUCAGGAACUUUAGGUGAAGAUCCUAAUGGAACUCCAAGCAACUUAAUGCCAUAUGUUGCUCAAGUAGCUGUUGGAAAAAUUCAAAGUUUAAAUGUUUUUGGUAAACAUUGUAGUACUAUUGAUGGAACAGGAGUUAGAGAUUAUAUUCACAUUAUGGAUUUGGCUGAAGGUCAUGUUAGUGCAUUAGAAAAAAUGCAAAAGUCUAAUGAUAGUGGAGCUAUUGCCAUAAACUUAAGUACUGGAAAUGGAUAUUCUGUAUUACAAGUAAAAAAUUACAUUUUCUAUAUAUUCAUUUUAACAUUUACAAUUUUAAACUAUACAAAAAUGUAGAGAUAGUAAAAUUUUAGAUUUAAUUUAUAAUCUUUAUAUUUUUAAUUCCUACAAACUAUUAAUUAUGAUUAGUGUUCAGUACUAAAUAACUUUUAAAAUUAUUUUUACCUUGUAAUAUAAGUUAAGUAAAUAAUGUGUUUUUGUUGUUUCUAGGUAAUAAACAUGUUUAGCCAAGUUAGUAAACAAGAAAUAAAAUAUGAAAUUGUUGAUUGUCCAAAUGGUUAUUGUGACUCUUCUUAUUGUGAUGCAUCUUUUGCAAAAGAAUAUCUUGGAUGGGAAGCUAAGAGAACUUUAAAAGAAAUGUGUGAAGAUACAUGGAGAUGGCUAUCAUUAUAUCCUCAAGGAUUUUCUACCACAACAUAAUUACUUACUCAGUUUAUGUAAAAAUCAAAGA